CUUUAAUAUGAGAUAAGAAUAAUUGGAAUAGCUAUUAAAUCUGAAAUAGUACUAAGUCAAUUAAAAUAACGAUCCAAUCUUUGAAUUAUUGCCUAUAUAGCCAACAUAUAAAUAGGAAAUGGACAAGGAAGUGCAAAAAUUAGAAUAAUAAUCUCUUUUUGCUGAUUCAAUCGAUGUUGAUAUUCCAGCCUUAAAAAAAAACAGAGAAGAAAAAAGACUUAGAAAAAUGGCUAAAAUGUCAUAAUUAACUGAAGGGUGGUUUGGAAUGAAAUCUCAAGACCAAGAUGAAACCAUGAAAUAAGAGUUUUUGAUUAUGAAAUUAAAGAAAUACUUAGACCCAAAAUAGCCAGUUAAAUCAAGUGAUUUAAAAACGAUGCCUAAGUAUUUUUAAGUGGGAACCUAUGUUGAUGGAAUGGGUAUUAAUUUUUUUAUUUUAUAGAUAAUUAUAAUAUUAAAAAAAAAAAAAAGAAUUAGAGUGACUUGAUUGACCAAUUUUUAGAAUAUGAUAAGGAGAAAUAAACCACAAAAAAUUCAUUUUAGAAAAUUUAACAAAGGUAAUAACGAAUUAGUAAAGUCAAUUCAAAAUUAAGAAAGUUAAAAAGAAUGGCAAAAUCUUUAGGAAGAAAAAAUAAAUGA